CUCUGACGUCACGCCCUCCGGUUCGUCGGUUCUGUGGGUGCUGGGUCCGGACCGAGCUCUAGGGACCAUGUCGCACCGGCUGCUCCAUCCCGGCUUCCUGCCUCCGGCGCCGCACGGAGUCCUCAAGUCUCUGCUGGAGAACCCGGUGAAGCUGCCGCCGCACCAUGACGCGUUCGGCAAGGACCAGGAGAAGGAGAAGAACCUGGAGGAGGAGCGCAGCGCCCCCCAGUCGGCCUUCCUCGGCCCCACGCUCUGGGACAAGACGCUGCCCUACGACGGUGACACCUUCCAGCUGGAGUACAUGGACCUGGAGGAGUUCCUGUCCGAGAACGGCAUCCCGUCCAGCCCGUCCCAGCACCACCACCACCACGAGCAGCACCGCCACGACCAGCGGCAGCCGCCCAUCAUGGCCCCGGCCCCGCCCACGCCGGCCCCGCCCACCGUGAUGGACCUCAGCAACCACGCCUCCACCUCCGUGCACGCCAGCGUCGUCUCGCCGAACUGCCUGCACAGCAGCCCGGCCAGAGCAGGCCUCCCCGGCUCCAGGAACACCCCGAGCCCCAUCGACCCGGACUCCAUCCAGGUGCCAGUGGGCUACGAGCCGGACCCGGCCGACCUGGCGCUGUCCAGCGUCCCGGGUCAGGAGAUGUUCGACCCCCGUAAGCGCAAGUUCUCCGCCGAGGAGCUGAAGCCGCAACCGAUGAUCAAGAAAGCUCGGAAGGUUUUCAUCCCCGAAGACCUGAAGCAGGACGACAAAUACUGGGCUCGGCGCCGGAAGAACAACAUGGCGGCCAAGCGGUCCCGAGACGCCCGGCGACUGAAGGAGAACCAGAUCGCCAUCCGGGCCGGGUUCCUGGAGAAGGAGAACUCGGCGCUGAGGCAGGAGGUGGCCGAGCUGAGGAAGGAGCUGGGCCGCACCAAGAAUGUUCUGGCCAAAUACGAGGCUCGGCACGGGCCGCUGUGAGGCGCCGAGCGCACCUGUAAAUACCUGUACACACCUGUAGAGCUCCGCCCACCAGCAACCCGCCGCACGGCUCCACCCGCAGCCGCAAAGUCCGGUUUAUAGAAACACGACUGUCAACAAAUCUCAUGAGAGCGUCCAAGCAGCCGCGACGGGUUCAUCUCCAGAACCCUCGUGGUCCUUCACUGGUCCAUGUUCUGCAGCUCUGAGGAACCAGAACCAGAACCACAUGAAGGAGGAGACAGAACUCAGACAAACACGUUGAGUUUCUGUUGCGCAGAACGUUUUUAACAGAACGUUUUGAUGAUUUUGGGGGAAUUUUUAAAAGAAACGCGUUAUUUUAAUGAAUUCUUGUUUGUUCAUCAGUCUUUCUGUUUUUAAAGCGCCGCCGCCGCCGUGGAGGCUCCUCCCCCUGGAGGCUCCUCCCCCUGGAGAUGUUUUAACGUUUGGCCUCCUGAGAACUCUGAAUGUUUACGGGUUUUAACUGAAUUUUAUAGCAAACUGCUUAUUUUUACUUAAUUUUUAAAGCAGACGUGUAAAAUAAAGCAGUUUUGAUAAAACAUCGCCGAAAACUGGCGUCAUUUUUAUACACGAUGCGUUCAAGGGCUGUUAGAAAGUUGGACAUCUGACGAUUCUUUCAGACUUUUUUGUCUUUUGAGGUUCGGAGGUUAAACUUUGCUCGGCGGCGGCGGCGGCGGAUGGAUCCAUGAGAUUUGUUGACGGGUGUUUUUCUUCUGGUUUUUGUCCGUACGGUGACGGUGGAGCCGACGACGCGCUCGGCUGCAGGUCGUUCCCACGAUGCACCUGUGCAGCACCUGUACAUAGCUGCUCCUCCUCUCCGCCCCCACCUCCUGCUCUCUGGUGUCAGAUUAACUGUGUUGAUAUUUAUGGAAACGUAUGAAGAACGUUUAAUCAGAUUUUAAUCAAAGUGCCCUGAAACGCCAAAAGCUUUACGAAGCAGCUCCCAGACAGGUGCGUUUGUGACGACGCCCAGGUGUACGCUGACAUCAGGGAGCGUUUUUAACCCUCUGAACUCGUCUUAACUCGCUGAAGUUUCAGCAUCAAGUCCUGCAGCUCUGAGGAACCAAAACACGAAGCAGGAGGACUCAGAGACUGUCAGCAGGACGGCAGAUAGACAGAAAAAUCAGUCACAUUUCAUUAGUUUAUUGUUUUAAAUAAACCUCCACAGCUGUUGGCGACACCAGAAAACACGUUAACUCGGCCUGUUGUAAACGUUCUACGACUUUAAACUGACUUUCAUUUCGCCUCCAGCAGCUCGGUGUGCACGCUGCCGGCAGUUCAACCCAGUUGAGCCAAAACACUUCCAGAAUUUUCUUCGUGCGACUGUUGGUCCCGGCCCAGUCACUGGUGGUUCUGCUGUUGCACCAAAGAACCGAGAAUUUUUUAUUUUUCACAGAAUCUAGUUAAAGCCAAAACUUAAUU